CAAGUCCAUCAUACAUUUUCACCGCACCGCGCGGGAAAUAUGUCCCAUCACUUAAAGCUGCUGCUACGAGAUGUCUUUGCGCCAAGUAGAUGCCGGUGGGACGAUGGAAGGAAACAGUACGGCAUCGGUAACCCCAUCCAGUUCUUCACUCGCGUGCGCAUCAUGGGCACGGUACGGGCUUGCGGCGCCACAGCACUGGAACUUGAUGAUGGCACGGCAGUGAUCGCUGUGCAAUUUUCAGCACACAUGCGCUUUCGUCCUGGAGACUUGGUCGACUGCUUGGGCGAACUGCAACCAUCACGGCAGGCCCUACGAUCAUCUUACAUUCUUGCUUCCAAGUACUGCUCCAUCUUGACCGGUCUACCGGUCUGGUGCUUUACGUUCUUGAUGUAGCAUUCUCCCCGUCCUCGACGCCAACAUGGAAACCCUUCGGUUCCUCGAAAUCAUUCACUUAUACAAAGCCAGCUAUUUCUCCGGGCAGCCUCCCGCCACGUCAUCGGAACUCGCGCGACCUCUCGCGGCGCUACCUACAGCGGUCAUGGCUGGCAUCAAGCGGAAAUUUGCCACAGACGCGCUCGAGUACUUGUUUGACAAUGGACCGAGUCAAAAGGCGCGGCGGACAGCGGAAGAGUCCCGUGGCGACGAGUUCUACUUGACCGUGCCAGAGGUAGAGGCCGCGCGACUUGCAUCGGGUCAGCGCCGACUGGAACUGAGGGUGAACAAGCCACCGUACUCGAUCAUCGUGCCGGGCGACACGAUCUUCUUCAACGGCGCCCAUGCCGUCCAAGUCGGCGCCGUCCGCAAUUACGUGAGCCUGGCCAUAGCGCUCCAAGCCGAAACCCCCAGCUUGUUGCUGCCACAAGGCGUCGAGUCUGCCCACGCGUUGGCCCAUUACAGCUCUCUCGCCAGUGACGCCGACGUCCGCACGUUUGGCGUCGCUGUGUUUGAGUUUAUAGACAGAGGGGACGACCAGCCCCUUCCGCUGGCAACUACAUCCCACAUUCCUUCCGAUCCAGGAGCGGCGGUGCAAGAGCUCUUGGAAGCUGAGACCAUGUCCAUCAACGACCUCGUAGGUCGACUAGCCCCCACACACUCUGCCUCUGCCAUCGCCAUCGCGCUGGACGAGUUGCAAAUGGACGGAUUCAUUUACCAACUGCCCAAUGGCCACUAUGCGAUCCUAUAAGUCUAUCAUAUCAUCCUAUAAGUCUAUGAUACAAUCGUAUAAGUCUAUCAUAUAAUCCUAUAAGUCUAUCAAUAAGUCUAUCAUAUAAUC